UCUUCUUCAAUAUUAAUACACACCACACCCACUCUCUUUCUCUCAUAGCCUCAUCCUCCACUCAAUUUUCAACUACCAAACCCUAAAUUUUCUUCUUUUUCCCAACAAUGAGAGAGAUCCUUCACAUUCAAGGAGGCCAAUGCGGCAACCAAAUCGGCUCCAAGUUCUGGGAGGUUAUCUGCGACGAGCACGGCAUCGAUCCCACGGGUCGGUACAAGGGAGACGGGUCGUCGGAUCUUCAACUGGAGCGAAUCAAUGUGUACUACAACGAGGCCUCCGGCGGUCGCUACGUGCCCCGGGCGGUUCUCAUGGAUCUCGAACCCGGAACCAUGGACAGCAUCAGAUCCGGCCCGUUUGGACAGAUCUUCCGCCCCGAUAACUUCGUUUUCGGACAGUCCGGCGCCGGAAACAACUGGGCCAAAGGUCAUUACACUGAGGGAGCUGAGUUGAUCGACUCCGUUCUCGACGUUGUUCGUAAAGAGGCCGAGAACUGUGAUUGCUUGCAAGGUUUCCAGGUUUGUCACUCACUUGGAGGAGGUACAGGGUCUGGCAUGGGAACCCUCCUGAUAUCAAAGAUUAGAGAAGAGUACCCAGAUAGGAUGAUGCUUACAUUUUCCGUUUUCCCAUCUCCAAAGGUCUCUGACACUGUUGUGGAGCCAUACAAUGCCACCCUCUCAGUUCACCAGUUGGUGGAGAACGCCGAUGAGUGCAUGGUUCUUGAUAAUGAAGCACUUUAUGACAUUUGCUUCAGGACACUAAAGCUCAGCACUCCAAGCUUUGGUGACCUUAACCAUUUGAUCUCUGCAACUAUGAGUGGGGUAACAUGUUGUCUGAGGUUCCCUGGCCAGCUGAACUCCGACCUUCGGAAGCUUGCUGUUAAUCUGAUCCCCUUCCCACGUCUUCACUUUUUCAUGGUGGGUUUUGCACCACUCACCUCUCGUGGGUCCCAGCAGUACAUCUCCCUCACUGUCCCAGAGCUGACUCAACAAAUGUGGGAUUCCAAGAACAUGAUGUGUGCUGCUGACCCCCGUCAUGGCCGCUACCUGACAGCCUCAGCAAUGUUCAGGGGAAAGAUGAGCACCAAAGAGGUCGAUGAACAGAUGAUCAAUGUGCAGAACAAGAAUUCAUCAUACUUUGUGGAGUGGAUUCCUAAUAACGUGAAGUCAAGUGUGUGUGAUAUUCCACCAAUGGGUCUGAAAAUGGCAUCCACUUUUAUUGGUAACUCCACAUCAAUCCAGGAGAUGUUCAGAAGGGUGAGUGAGCAAUUCACUGCUAUGUUCCGCCGCAAGGCUUUCUUGCAUUGGUAUACAGGUGAAGGGAUGGACGAGAUGGAGUUCACAGAGGCUGAGAGCAACAUGAAUGAUUUGGUGGCUGAGUACCAGCAGUACCAGGAUGCAACAGCUGAUGAUGAGGGUGAGUAUGAGGAGGAAGGGUUAGAAGAAAAUUAUGAGGACUAAAAAGUGAAACAACUGUGGCAAGUACCUUAUAAGCAGAAUGAAUUUUGAUGUGAUCAGCUCCCUCUUUACCCGCUGAUCUACUACUGGUGUGGCUAUCAAUGUUUCUCCUUUUUGUUAAUUGUUUUGUUUCUCUAUCCAUGUUCACCCUUUGUCAUUACUCAAUUGUUUGAUUUCGUAUUGUAUGAUGAUAUAUUGAUAUUGUUGGUUGGUUUUUUCAAGUGUAUCAAUAAAAAUUGUCAUAUUGCCAAACUCCA